UGUGUGUGUGGGUGUGUGUGGGUGUGGUCUGAACAGGGUGAGGCUCCUCUAGACUUAAAACACACCGUGUUUCACAGAGAGUCACUUUGUGUCUGCAACACCUUCAGAUCUCAAACCAGCAGCAUGGACCUGAGCGAAGCUCUAGGAGAUUGGCCCUCUGGUGGCAACAACCAACAACCUACCUGGCCUGGAGGUCAGCCUGGAGGUCAGCCUGGAGGUGGAGGGACCUGGCCUGGACAAUCUACUAACCCCACCUGGCCAGGUAACUCCACUAACCCCACCUGGCCUGGAGGUCAGCCUGGAGGUGGAGGGGCCUGGCCCGGACAGCCCGGACAACCAAGCCAGCCCUCCUGGCCCGGACAGCCCGGACAACCAAGCCAGCCCUCCUGGCCCGGACAGCCCGGACAACCAAGCCAGCCCUCCUGGCCCGGACAGCCCGGACAGCCAAGCCAGCCCGGACAGCCCUCUCCCAACCCCCAACCAUCUGCACCAGGACCUGGACCUGGACCUGGACCUGGUUUUCAAUCUGGACUCAAAAAGAAUCUGGCGGUUCCGUACGACCAGACUCUGCCUAACGGAGUUCAUGACAAACUGCUCAUUACCAUCGUUGGAACCAUCAAGUCCAACGCUGAGAAUUUCGCAGUGAAUCUGUCAACAUCACAUGACCUGGCCUUCCACUUCAACCCUCGCUUCAAUAAAAAUGGCAAGACGGUGAUCGUCAGGAACACCUGCAUCAGCAAUAAGUGGGGGAAAGAAGAGAGAGACAUCUCAGGGAACGUUCCCUUGAUCCCAGGACAGCCUUUCGAGAUGAAGAUCAUGUGCACCAACCGAGAGUAUAAGGUCGCCAUAAACAACUCUCACCUUCUGACGUACCAACACCGGGUGACCGACCUGAAACACAUCAACAAACUCAGCAUCUACAACGACCUCACCCUGAGCGAUGUCCGCCUCGAGACUCUGCCCUGAGGCAGUUCACUGGAUCCCCCACAUAUCUAAUACAGAUCCACUGGGAGAUCUGUUGUGGAUUCACCAGAGAUCUACUGUGGAUCCAUGGGAGAUCUGUUGUGGAUUCACCAGAGAUCUACUGUGGAUCCAUGGGAGAUCUGUUGUGGAUUCACCAGAGAUCUACUGUGGAUCCAUGGGAGAUCUUUUGUGGAUUCACCAGAGAUCUACUUGGGAAGAUCAUUGGUGAUGAACCACAGAUCUACCUGUACAAAUGUUUUUUUCUAUUUGACUCAAAUAAAGUUUUCAUCUUAGAUU